UGACAAUGGAGGGCAUAUUCUGUAUUCUUUUUACUAGCCUUUCUUUCUUUUGUUUCUUUUUCUUUCUUUUUUCAUCUCGUACCCGGUUUUCUUAUUUUUCUAUUUAUCAAUUCGAUCCAUGGCCAAGACGACUCGUCGCGGUCCUGCAUUUGAAAUCCGUUUUUGUGAUAACAAUAUUGUCCAAGUCUUUGAUUUAUCCCGACGCCAGUGUCCAGCCGAAUCUCAGUUAUUGCCGAGUGGUAAAUGAUCUCCGCCUCAUCCACCUCAUCCGUCUCAUCCUACAAGGAAGAGGAUGUGCUGAAAGGCCGACUUCGGUAUUCGAAACUUGGAGGAAACGAACUCGCGCCCUACAUUGAUCUGCAGGAUUUUAAUCACGCUCGAUCGACACCGCCCAAUCGUAGAAACAGUGUGGCUCCGCAACCCAAUCCGACCCAUGUUCUGCCUGCAGUGGCCAGACGACAAUGGGAAGAACAAGAAAGAGAACGACUAAUGAUUCAGGAAGCCCAAGACGCCGUCGAUAAAGCCAUGGCCCGACGGCAAAAAAUUCAAGCUUUGCGAGAACAAGCAAGACAAAGAAAACAACACCCACUCACCACCAUCGCCACCGAAUUCAAGACAGUAGAAAACACAGGGGAUGACCAUCACGAUACUGCCACCGACCUGGUGCAGAUGGAACCCAAUGUUUCGUCACCGUCGGGUCAGGACAACUCGGAGGUUGAACAAGUCGUCGAUGUACCGUAUAUCCAACCUCCUUCGCCCGCUUUCACAGUAGACGAACGACAUUAUUCUCGAGACAGUGGAUUUCAACCCACGUUACCCCAGGAAUCCAUACCAUUUUCUUCCUCCAACACCUUGAUGCGCACACCUUCCCACCGCAGUACGCUGACCCAGCAUCAAACACCCGUCACCUCAGUCCAUAUGCAGUCCGAACGGCCGGGCCUUUCAACAGCUGUAGAUCCUCAACCAAUCCUUCAUUAUACCCGCCACGACCGCCACGACAGACGAGCCGACCAACCUUCUGCCCAAUCUUGCUGUAUUAUUUCAUAAACUUUAUUGUCAUUUUUUCAUCAUGUAUAUUUUUUUCUAGAUUCAUCAUAGAGCAUUAAAAUCAUCCCUUUCCUUUUUAUUUUUUCAGAUAAACCAAUUCAAACGAGGACGGCUAUAGCGAAUCCAAAUGCGCUCUCCUUUUCUGCAUGUUAAAAAGAUGUGAACCUUCUUAUCCCUGCCUCCUGCAGUGAAAAACUAUUCUUCCCAGGACAAAAACAGAGUCUAGGAGAUUUUUCGUUAUGUGCAAGUAUCAUGGCCGAUCGAUAGAAAACAUACUAUAAUAUUGAGAAGCUCAUGCGUUAUCGAAUGCAUUCAGUAAUUAGCUGCCUGAUACAGCAAAACAAAU